UUCCUCCAACUGCACGCAUUAAUUUGUUGAACGGGAAGCGCAAGAGCCAAGACAUCGACCUAGCUAGCGGACGAGAUUUCAUCUGAAGAGGAAGAAUUAAGAUCGGAAACUGAGCAUUACGAAGCCAUGGAAAGAGGAGGUUCAAUGACCUAUGAGAAAGACGACGAUCGUGCGUUGAACCUCAAGGCAACCGAGUUGAAAUUAGGGUUACCUGGAGGAGAAGACGACGACGACUCGUCCGAUCUCCACCUACAAUCUCCGUCAUCAACAGCUGUGAAGAACAACAAGAGAAGCUCGCCGGAAAACGAUGAUAAUUCAUGCAAAAAGGCGCAAGUGGUUGGGUGGCCGCCGGUGAGAUGCAACCGGAAAAACACGGCGAGGAAGGGGGAAUCAGAGGGGAUGAUGUAUGUAAAAGUGAGCAUGGACGGAGCUCCAUAUUUAAGGAAGAUAGAUCUCAAAUUCCACAACAGCUACCUGGAUCUGGUGAAGGCAUUGGAGAACAUGUUCAAGUGCACCAUAGGUGUGUAUUCAGAGAGGGAAGGGUACAACAAUGGGUCAGACUAUGUACCAACAUAUGAAGACAAGGAUGGCGACUGGAUGCUUGUUGGGGAUGUUCCAUGGGACAUGUUUGCUGCUUCUUGCAGAAGGUUGAGGAUCAUGAAGGGAUCUGAGGCCAAAGGCUUGGGGUGCAUCUAGGCUUGCUUACAUGAAGAUUUGGACAACUUUGAUUUGGAUUCAGGUAGAGGAAGUGCAUGAUGAACAGAGGUGGUGGGUGGGUAGAUUGAAGGGAAUAGAAUGGUGUUUUUCCUUGAUUUGGAUCUUCUUUUGUACAGAUGAUCAUAUAUAUGUGGAGCACUCGGUGGUGUUCUUCACUGUCUUUUUCAUGUUCUUUCUUUGGUAAUUAGUGUUGUUCUUAAGUUGUA